AUGUCCAUGAGAUCUAGGCUUCUGGUUCUUGGCUCAGGAGAAACGGCUACAGCAUGUACCCUGUCGCUCUUAGCGAAUAGUAUGGAUACCCCAAUGGUCACUAUGCUUGCUCGGGAUAAGGAAUACCUACACGAAUUGCAGUACGGAUCACGAAUGUUCCAAACCUUUGAUAGGCGUAUCUCUGUUCCAUCAAAUCUCUCAUUCCAUCACUUAGAUAGUAAGAGGAUUGAUAAUAAUGAUAUACGUGGUGAUGCUUCGUUCCUCUGUGUACCGGUAACAUCUUUGGGAGAAGAAGAGGGUGAUGUAUCAUUAUCAACAUCUAAAAUUCCUAUACUUGAGUGUUUAAAAAAAAAUCAUGAUGUACCUACAUUUGUGUUUACUCGUGGUCUUUCUCGAAAUGGCUUAACACCACUUGAGCACCUCAAUCACGCUGUGAAACUUCAGAUGUCAAAGUUAGUUGUUGUCUCGGGACCUCUCUUUGCGAAGGAGUGGGCUGAGGUAUCUACGCCUAGUUCUAUUGAUAGUGAUAGUGGUAUCAAUACUACUACUAAUACAAUCAGUAAGAAUGAUAACAACGGUGUAUCACUCACCUUUGCUAUGCCGGAUGGGACAACAAAAGAUGCACUGGAGACUGUGCAACACCUCACAGAACGUCUCUGGCGACGAGAGAGUAUUACAUGGUUAACAGAGCCAGGAGCAGCAGAUGUUCUUUCUAUCGUGAAUGCAUGUGUUCCACUCUGUGGCAUGGGAGCUGGGAUGGUGAGUAGUGAGUUUCCUGCUAGUGUCUCUGCGAUGAUGUCCUACAUGCAACACUCUAUUAGCUCUACCGAGCAACUUGUUAAUCAAGUACUAAACCGUUUACAAGGAACCCCACUGCCAGCAUCCGCUGUGACAACUCUCGCCAUGGCCUGUACUAAUCACGCUUCCCGAGAGUUUGUCUUUGGAAGGCGCCUUAAUUACUACUUUCGACACCGUGAUGCCAUUCGUGCUGUUUUUCCAGGCAACUCACACGAGUCACUAGAUGCGACUGUCUCGGGGCUCCAUAUGCUGUUAACACGUCGUUCAUUAUCCUCGCCAUUCUACGAGGUGUUAAUGGAUGCAUUCCUUACGGUGCUGCGGGCCUCCGUGGCGGGAAGAGGACUUGUGCGGGCAGGUGUGUACGAUUACCGUGAUCACAUUACAUCUGAAGAUGCACCGCUGUUAAUGCAUGCAAAGGCAUUGGAUGAUGCCAUACUUGCAGGUGAUGAGAAGCGGUUUGACGAGGCCCGAAAGGCUGUGGAAAUGGCCUUUGGUCACCCUCAAGCAUCAUCAUCAUCAUCGACAAGUUGA